AUGGAAGUUACAGAAGAAAUCAAGUUGAUCACCAUGGAAGAUUUCACUAAAAUGGGAAUAAAAUGUUUCAAGCUCAUUGGAUUGAAUUUAGAAUCCAGGAAAGAAGUUACAAAAAAACCAAAAGCUUUCAUGCUUCUUGGUGAAUUUCACUUCUUUUUGUUUUUGAUUAACAUUGGUUUGAUUGUUUGCGCGCUGCUUGGUUAUGCAUAUAAAAAUUUGCAUGAUAUAAAGAUCGUUGCCAGAGUGCUACCAAAUUUAACUAACGCACCUUACUUGGCUAUAAAAUUGUUUGUGUUUUACUGGAAUCGUGACAAGAUAAAAGAUGCUUUGAGUAUCCUAGAAGAAUCAUUCCCGAAAACUGAAGAAGACCAAUUAAAUUUAAAUGUUCAAACAUAUUUGAAAGAAGUGAAAAUGUUCGUCAAAGGUUUUGGAUUUCUUAUCAUCGUUCUCCAAGUUGUUUUAAUUAUCUCUCAAGUUGUUUUGAUAUUUAUGUUUGGCACAACGAAACUUCCCUUGGAUAUUUGGUUGCCAUUUUCCUACGAAAAUUUUAUUAUUUUUGGGGCUGUAAGCUUAUGGAUGGGUUGGAUUUGUUUCGUUGUUACAACUGGCACUUAUGCAGCUGAAAUUAUUUUGUUUGCUACAAUUUCUCUAUCGUCAAUGAAAUUUGAUAGUAUCAAACGAAAAUGUGAGAAUAUUGGCGUCAAUGAGUUGAAAACCGAGGAAGAAGAAUUGACAAACAUAAAGGAAAUCGUCGAAGAACAAAAUGAAAUUUUUAAGUUCAUUUUCGACUGGGAUAAAAUUUUCUCGUCAUUAUUUUUAUAUAAUUUUGUUCAAAGUUCAAUAUUACUUUGUUUUAUUAUUUUUCUUUUGUCCUCAAGCAGAGACAUAUCAACUUUUGUUCUUUAUUUUCCCUACCUUGGAACAAGUUUGAAUCAGAUUUUAUUGUUUUGCUUUUUGGGACAAAAGAUCGUCAACUCAAGCUCAUCUGUUGCCAUCGGAAUCUACAAUAGCAAAUGGCAUCAAAUUAAGAGCCUUAAGAUUCGAAAAGCUCUCCUUAUGAUCUUAAUUAGAUCACAGAAACCAAGUGCAUUGACAUUGAAAAAGUUUGGCGUUAUGUCUUUUGAGACUUUUACGAAAAUUUUGGCUGCUGCUUACUCCUACUUCACUUUGAUGAAGAGUUUCAUGUAA